UGUGUGUGUGUGUUUAUGUGUGGUGUCUGUGUAUGUGUGUCUGUUUAUGUGUGUGGACUACUUUCUCCCUGCCGAAUCGAAUCUUUCCCAUCUGUGAGUUUCCUCAGUUGUCUCACUCACACCCUGUCUCGGGAUGGUCUCCUAUUUAGCAGCCUGUGCUGCUCCGCCCGCUCCCAGGAAGGAAACUCCCCAAGUCCUUCCACCGUCUCCUUCCUCCCGGGCCGAGCGUCCGAGCAGCCAAAGGUCGCCGGGAUUUGCUCAGACCGAGCCGGAGGGAGGCAGCCCCUGCGGGGCCCCGUCGCUCUUGCCGGGCUCACACCCGGCCGGCCCCCCGGAUCCCUGAGCUCACCCACGGCCGCCCGUCCUCCGCGGUCCCUUCUCACCCUCCGUCCGCCGGGAUCCCCGGGGUCAGCGCCGGGGAGGCCCGACCUCCGACUCGCGUCCCGCCCCCCGCGCCUGGCCCGCUCCCCGGCCCGCGCCGGCCAAUCGGAGGCCGGGCUGCGGCGACUGGCAGCGCCCGCCGGCCCGCCCCCAGCCUCGCUGUGGCCUGCGGCUUCCCGGCCGGUAGCGCCGCUCUCGUUCGCUCGCUCGCGCGGGCCGCUCGCCUGGAGUCGUCGGGUCUGGUCGGGUCGCGGGCGCCUGCGGCGGGCCCCACAGCUCCGCGCCGAGCCGAGCCACACCGUCCGCCCCGCGGCGGCCACCAUGGACUUCGAGGACGAUUACAUACACUCUGCUUCCAGGAAUAGUUACCAGGGCUUUAAUGGAAUGGAUCGUGAUUAUGGCCCUGGAUCUUACGGAGGGCUGGAUCGUGACUAUGGCCAUGGAUCCUAUGGGGGUCAAAGAUCCAUGGACUCCUACCUAAGCCAGUCCUAUGGCAUGGACAAUCACAGUGGUGGUGGUGGGGGUAGCAGGUUUGGACCUUAUGAGUCUUACGACUCCAGGUCUUCUCUGGGUGGGCGAGAUCUGUACAGAUCUGGCUAUGGUUUUAAUGAACCCGAACAAAGCCGCUUCGGAGGUAGUUAUGGUGGUCGAUUUGAGAGCUCCUACCGGAAUAGCCUUGACUCUUUCGGAGGUAGAAACCAGGGCGGGUCUAGCUGGGAAGAACCUUACUCCCGUUCAAAAUUGAGGCCGGGGUUUGUGGAGGACAGAGGAAGAGAGAAUUACUCUUCCUACAGCAGCUUUUCUUCACCCCACAUGAAGCCUGCACCUGUAGGCUCUCGGGGGAGAGGAACGCCUGCUUACCCUGAAAGUGCGUUUGGAAGCAGAAGCUAUGAUGCUUUUGGAGGACCAUCAACAGGCAGAGGCCGAGGCCGAGGACAUAUGGGUGAUUUUGGAAGCAUUCAUAGACCUGGAAUUAUUGUUGACUAUCAAAACAAAUCCACCAGUGUGCCGAUUGCUACUACAAGAGGAAUAAAACGAAAAAUGAUGCAAAUAUUUAAUAAGCCCGGGGGAGCCUUUAUCAAGAAACCUAAGCUAGCGAAGCCUCUGGAGAAGACGGGCCUCAGCAAAUCACCUGCAAAAACCGACCCUAAAAAUGAGGAAGAAGAGAAGCGGCGAAUCGAGGCUCGGCGAGAGAAGCAAAGACGCAGGCGAGAGAAAAACAGCGAGAAAUACGGAGAUGGAUACAGAAUGGCAUUCACAUGUUCAUUUUGUAAGUUUCGAACCUUUGAAGAGAAAGACAUUGAACUGCAUCUGGAAAGCCCUUCACACCAGGAAACGUUAGAUCACAUUCAGAAGCAAACCAAAUUUGACAAAGUAGUUAUGGAGUUUUUACAUGAAUGUAUGGUGAAUAAGUUUAAAAAAGCAUCUAUUCGUAAGCAACAGACACUUAAUCACCCAGAAGCUUACAAAAUAAUUGAAAAAGAUGUUAUGGAAGGCAUCACCGCAGACGACCACAUGAUGAAAGUGGAGACUGUUCACUGUAGCGCUUGCAGCGUGUACAUCCCGGCCUUUCACAGCUCCGUGCAGCAGCACCUAAAGUCUCCCGACCACGUCAAAGGGAAGCAGGCUUAUAAGGAACAGAUAAAAAGAGAGAGUGUGCUGACGGCAACAAGCAUCUUAAAUAAUCCAAUCGUGAAGGCCAGGUACGAGCGCUUCGUUAAGGGCGAGAAUCCUUUUGAAAUUCAAGAUCGUCCCCAGGAUCAGCAGAUAGAAGGAGAUGAAGAGGACGAAGACAAGAUCGAUGAACCCGUUGAAGAGGAGGAGGAGGAGGAUGACGAUGACGGAGAGGAGGCAGAGGAGGAGGAUGAAGUAGAGGAAGGAGGGGAGACAGAGGAGGUGGAAGGGGAGGAGGAAGGGGAGGGAGCCGGAGUGGAGGAGGGAGAAGGAGACAUAGAGGGAGGGGAGGGAAUGCCGGAAUCAGGGGAGGAUGAGGACAGGGAAGAGGAAGCAGAGGAGGAGGAGGAGGGGAAGGAGGAGUCUGCUGGCUGUCCUGCUGAGCAGUGUGAGCAGUCGGGUUAGUGUUGAGCUUGAGUGGAGGAGCCAAGCCUUACCCUCUGUCCUACUGUAGAAAAGGGAAGACGUUUAGUAGCUUAUGAUAAUGAAUUGAUACCAUGUUGCAUGCAUUCCACAUAGAAAAUUUGUUUUAUAUAAUUUCUAAAUGUUUGCACUUGUUUAAUAAAAUGAAGUUCAGAUGAUUUCAGUUUAGUUUUUAUAGAUACCAAACUUAGAUAUGAUAAAUUGUUUGUAUGAUUUUUAAGCUUAGUUUUUAUUACUUAUUGGUGUUGAGGACACAGAUAUGUAUUGUUCCUCUAUCUGUUGUGAUCAUUUGAACUUAAAUGCUGCUCUCGGAGGGAACCUUUAAGUGUGCAUUCAGUUUUUGAAUACUUACUCUAAGAAGAGAAGGAUGGGGCAAGUAUUUUGUCCAGAUUGUGGGUUUUUGAUUUGUUUUUUUUUUAACAUUGAAUAGCAGUUAGCUUAAGAUGGCUUAACAACUUUUGUGUACAGUUACCUUUGUAGCAAUAAAAUGUUUUCUUUCUUUUUUAAAAACUUUCUCCUUUGAUGGCAAGUUAAACAUUUCAUCAAUUAAAUGAGUAUUUAAAAAUCAGUAUCUGCCUUAAUGUAUGAGUUUAGCUCACAAGUAUUUCAAGUGAUUGAGAAGACUUGAAUUAAAACAUUUUUCCUCAAUCAUAUUUUUAAAAAGUGUGACUACUGUAUAUUUUCUAAGAUAUUUCAGAGGUCGCUCUGUAACUGAUCUUGUUUAUACUAGCUUUAGUUUGUUCUUUUCUCUGUGCCUAUGUCAAACCUUGGAAUCUGAAAAUACAAUUUAAUACAGAUAA